AUGACAUCCCAAACCGGCCAAGGCGACCCCAAACUCCAUAACCUCCAAGUCCCCCCAACCCAACCACUCCCACUGCACAACAGUAUACCCCCAGAACUAGUCUCCCGCUUCGACCCAAUCUACGUCGAGUAUUACAACAAAUACAACGCCGGCCGUCUCCACACGCACGAAGUGCCCAUAGAAGACUACCGCAAAGACCCAUCCCGAUACACCAUCGCCUACGGCCGAGCCCCAGGUCCCGAUAUCUUCUCGAUAACAGAGCAGAAAUGUCCCGUGGAUGGGGGAGAGAUCACGAUUCGAAUCUUCGAGCCAGCGCCUAAAUUAGAUCCAGAGAAUGGUCUGCCGAAGAAGAGAGCGGCUUAUCUCAAUUUCCAUGGAGGCGGGUGGGUGUUUGGUGGGUUGCAGGUUGAUCACGAAUUUUGUAAGAGGAUUGUUGAUGGGCUUGAGGGGGAGUGUGUUGUCUUCGAUGUGGAUUAUCGACUUGCGCCUGAGCAUCCAUUUCCGAUUCCGGUGGAGGAUUGUUGGGCGGCGUUUAACUGGAUCCGCGAACAAAAAGCAGAAGAAUUCAACCUCGAUCCUAACCGUUUCACCAUCGGCGGCGCAUCAGCAGGCGGCCAUCUAGCCGCCGUAAUCGCCCAUCUCUGCCGCGACGCGAACAUUCCUCUGAAACUACAGGUAUUGACAGUACCCGUGUGUGAUAUGCAUAAUAGUUUCACAGCCGAUGGCCACUUUGACCGCGACAACUGUCCGUACGAGUCAUACCGGGAAAUGGAAUUUGCCCCGGCUCUCCCUGCGGCCCGCAUGGCUUAUUUUCAUCGGCAGUUACUCGGGGUGCCGAGGCCACCGGCUUCGCGGGAUGAUUGGAAAAUCUCGCCUAUGCUUGCUAGUAAUUUCGAGAAUCUGGCGCCGGCACUGGUGUCGACUGCGGAACUAGAUCCGCUGCGCGAUGAAGGGGAGGUUUAUGCUGGUAAACUGCAAGCAGCAGGGAAUGGAGCUAGUUUGAAUCGAUAUAAGGGUGCUCCACAUCUUAUUGCUGGGCUUGAUGGGAUUAUGGAGGGUGGUCAGUUGUAUAAUCGCAGGGUUAUCGCUGCGUUGAAGCAGGCAGUAGAUGGUAGAUAA